AUGGACACCGGAAACCGUACAAGAGAUGACGGGGAACAAUCAGUGAAGAAGGGAAAGAAGAGAGACACCAAGAAAGCCGAAGAGCAGGGGAAUCUGAGAAAGAAAGUUGUACCACUCUUGCUGACUACGAUGUUAAAGUUUGAAUUGGCUGAACAAAGCAGGAAUCGUAGACAUGGUGAAGAAUUUCAACCUCGCGGCGGCGUUUGA